ACCCGCGUAUUCGUCUCUCUCCUACCACAUCCCACAUCGACCAAGACCACCGUCGCGCACGAUGACGACGACGGAAUGGAAGACGACGCCGUUCGCGCCCGACCCGUCCAAGCCGAUCCGGGAGCAGUUCGAGGCCUACAUCGUGCAGCUGCAAGAGCAGAUCGUCGCCGCCUUCGAAUCGCUCGACCCCGCCGCGCCCGCCUUCCGGCGCGACGCCUGGCUGCGGCCCACGGGCGGCUCCGGGCGCUCCUGCGUCUUCGCCGUCCCCGACGCGUCCUCGCCCGCCUUCGCCGCGCUCUCCCCCGCCGCCCGCGCGCACGCGCGGGACACCGUGCUCGAGAAGGCCGGCGUCAACGUCUCGAUCGUGCACGGCCUGCUCCCGCCCGCCGCGAUCAAGCAGAUGCGCGCGGACCACGCGGGCAUCCCGUACGACCCCGAGUCGGGCAAGAGCCUGCCGUACACCGCGCAGGGGCUCAGCCUCGUCGUGCACCCCCGCAACCCGCGCGCGCCGACGGUGCACAUGAACUACCGCUACUUCGAGAUCUGCGAGGCCACCCCCGAGGACGGCCGACCCCCUCCGCGCGGCGAACCCGUCGCGUGGUGGUUCGGCGGCGGCGCCGACCUCACCCCGUCCUACCUCUACCCGGACGACUGCGCCCACUUCCACUCCACCCUCAAGACCGCGUGCGACGCGCACAGCGCCGCCUUCUACCCGGCCUUCAAGCGCUGGUGCGACGAGUACUUCUUCAUCCCGCACCGGGGCGAAUCCCGCGGCGUCGGCGGCAUCUUCUUCGACGACCUCUCCUCCGACGCGCACAAGCGGAUCCCCUCCGACGAUGACGACGACGACCACGCGAUCGCGCGACCCCGCACCCCGGAGGCCCUCUUCGCCUUCGCGCGCAGCGCGGGCGACGCCUUCAUACCCUCCUACCUCCCCAUCCUCGCCCGCCGCGUAAACGAGCCCGCGACGGAGAAAGACAGGCGGUGGCAGCUCAUCCGCCGCGGGCGCUACGUCGAGUUCAACCUCGUCUACGACCGCGGGACCAAGUUCGGGCUCAACAUCCCCGGCGCGCGCGUCGAGAGCAUCCUCAUGAGCCUGCCCGAGGUCGCACGGUGGGAGUAUAUGAGCGAUAUGGGCGAGGAGGAGGGGAGCGAGGAGGCCGCGCUACUCGAGGUCGUGCGCAAGCCGGUCGAAUGGGUGUAG